GUAGGUGUGACGUCAGUGGAACAGUGUUGAGCAGUUUGUUGUCUUGAGUGCUUGGUGGAUAGUGCAUUCUCCUUCCUCCGCUUUUUACAGUGGUGUAUUAUUUGGGAAAAUUUUACAAAAGCAUAGACAUUUAUAACAUGCACAUAUGAAUUCUAGGGAGUAAUGUUGAAGUUAUGUUAUUGGUACAGAGAAGGUGCAGACUUGUUUGGGAACUCUUGUGAUUGUAGUGCAUACCUUGUGCGUUGUGGUGUGUAGGAAGUCUUUUGAACAAUAUAUGUGGGAAGCAAGAACAGCAUGAACUCCAGUGCUUUUUGACAUGUUGCUUUUUUCUAAAUACAGUAUUAAGGGUUUUUAAACUACCUAUACAGUAAUUACCCAUACUAAAUAACACACCUGAAGUCAUGGAACUACUGUGGAGAAUACUGUGGUGGUUAUAUGCCUUUGUAUUUCUUGUGCUGUUUUUAUCAGCAACUGUCCACCAUCACUUAGGUCUGCGUAAGCAUUACAUAAAUUUUCUUUUGAGGCUGUUUGCCUUUGGACAAGAGCGUGUGGAACGUAAGCGUUUGUUACGCCCACACAAUGAAGCAGAUGAAUCAGAAUCUUCUUUAGAUGAGCAAGACAGGCCAUUAAUUUCUGCUGAUCAUCCAAGAGCUCUGGGCAUCAAAGAAGAUAUUAAAGGCUUCCAACUUGAUAAUGUAUUGGAGUACAUCAGUGCAGGAAUGGGAGCCAUCAUGGAAGAUAACCUAACUAAAUCAUUUGAACCAGAGCAGCUCCCUGCAUGGAAUCUCCUAUCACGUACAAAUGACCGUGCUUAUGAAUUUGUGUCUUUCCGAUUGACAGUAUGCUGGCUUAUUGGCUUUCUUGUUCGUUAUUUCCUACUGUUUCCUUUACGUAUUGUCAUUCUUCUUCUUGGUGUGUUGUUGUUUUGGACAUGUAUGGUAGCUAUUGGAAUGUUUCCUGCUGGCAGUUUCAAGCGCUGGCUUAAUGAGAAACUCCUGGUUUUUUGUUUUGAUUUUAUAGCAGGAUCGUUGUCUCUUGUUGCCACUUUCCACCAUGAAGAGAAUGCUCCAAAGGGUGGCAUAGCUGUUGCUAACCACACUUCACCAAUUGACUCCAUGGUGCUGGCUACUCACAACUGCUAUGAUAUGGUUGGCCAGAAACAUGAUGGCUUUUUGAAUAUAUUCAUGUCAGCACUGAGUCGAGCUUCCACCCACAUCUGGUUUGAGCGUUCUGAUGCCAAGGAUAGAUCUUUAGUUGUAAAGAGGUUACAGGAACAUGUUAAUGAUGUUAGCCUACCUCCCAUCCUCAUCUACCCUGAGGGUGUUUGUGUCAACAACACUUCUGUUAUGCAGUUCAAGAAGGGAGCAUUUGAGAUUGACAGUGUCAUUCAUCCAAUUGCCAUUCGGUUUGAUGCACGGUUUGGUGAUGCCUUCUGGUGGCAAGACAAGUUCUUCCAUUAUAUCUUGUACAUGAUGACUUCUUGGGCUAUUGUCUGCAAUGUUUGGUAUCUGCCGCCCAUGAAGAAAAAAUCUGGUGAAUCUGCCAUAGCGUUUGCUGAUAGAGUCAAGGCAAAGAUUGCACAUCAAGGAGGCAUGAUUGAUCUUACGUGGGAUGGGUUCCUGAAAUGUAACCCAGUGAAGGCAGAAUGGAAGAAACGCCAGCAAGAGGAGUUUGCAAAGCAUCUACAAACUGAGAAAGAAUUGAUAACUGCUGAACCAGUGAAAGACAAAGAAGAAUAGAAACAGAAACCUCUAGCAAGUGAUAAAAGACUUGUUUUGUCAAUAAGAUGUGAGCUAGCUAUGAAAAGAAUGAGAUAUUGCACAAGUUAGUAGAGAAUAAUCAAAAAUAUAAUAAUAAUAAUACAGGUUGAUAAUCCCUUAUCUGAAAUCCUUGGGGCCAGAGGCAUUUCGGAUUUCGGAAUUUUUCAGUUUU